AUGAAUAAUAAUCAAGGACAAUACUACGCCUCUCCCCCACAACAAGGAGGCUAUUACCCACCGCCUCAACAAGGAGGAUAUUAUCAACCAGCCCCACCACCACAGACAAUUGUAGUACAGCAACAGCCUCCUAAGGAAGAUCAUUCAUGCUGUUGGGGAUGGUAA